AUGGAUACGGAAAAGAUGUUGACUGAGAUUGAGGGUGGGACAGCUUCCGAACUGGCGAUGUUGAUACGUUAUAACACUUAUCCCUUUGGACCUACAUUCAUACCAUCGCUUGACGAUCUGAUACUGGAGGGAAGACAACAUCCUGGUAAAUCGACUUUGAUGAGAGCUGAUCUGGUAGAGGUGAUAGGGGGAAGUGGGAGUGGUAAAUCAUCAUUCACAAACUUCCUCAUAUUAUCAACAGUCCUUCCUCGGACAUUACCAGAUCUUCUUUCUACUCCAAUAGAAGGAAGAGGAAUGUAUGUGACAUUGAUACAACCCAUAACACAUCGAAGCAUAAUUCCAUAUCUGAAAAAAUCAAUGAAAUGCCAUUUACAACAAAUAUCACCUUCGACACCAGGAAAAAUGAUCGAUCAAGUCAUUUUGGAUUCCUUAAGUAGAUUGAGGAUAUAUAGAACAAAACCGAGAUAUAAAGAAUGCGCUCUAUGCUUGAAAUCACUCCUAUCGAAAUCACGACCUGACUCAAGAGGUACUAUGACGUCCGUUGAUAGAAACGGAAUCAAUAAAGGAGGAUUAGAUCUAUUAGUGAUUGAGGGAAUGGGCGAUCCACAUUAUCCAGCUCGAUGGAAUGAGGAACAAAAAGGUUAUAAUCAUUAUAAUAGAUCCAUGGCGACAACAGGAGGAAGAAAGAUUAUAGGUGCCGACGAAAUCGGUUUAAGAGAAAUAAUGGAUUGUGUUGAUAAAAUCAGGAAAGAGUUAGGUACGACUGUGAUCAUGUCUACUCAAGGAUUAAGAGUAUCAAAGGAAAGUCCAUUCUUCCAUACUCAUCUUCCACAUCCUUAUCCCUCUCCAUUCUCGCCUCCAUUGACCCAGCAGAACCAAAAUGAUAGCAAUCCUGUCAGAUCUUCCGAUCCUGCCCAUUGGCCAUUGACUAUCCAAAUAACCUUGACAGGACGACAGAGGAGACUUCAAUAUCCAAUAGAAACUACUUUAGUCGAAGUUCUGCAGGAGAAAGCUAAAGCUAUGAGGAACGACAACUGGAAUACAGUCGGUACAUACGAAGGUGCAGUGCGGAUGAUUCGUGGUGAAGGAGUUGUAGGGACCAGAGCAGGAGGAAGAUUCAGGUUUGAUAUUGGAGACGAAGGGAUGCGGGUCUAA